CGUCACGUGACCAACUAUAAAAAAAAAAUUCGAUACUUUUUUCCAUAUUGUCAUGUUAGAAUAAUAUUUUGAAUGUAUCACGAAAAAAUUUGUUUAACAAAAUUAUGAGGUGGAUACCAUCAUGGGUUUUCAAAUAAAAAACAAUGAGAAUUCCAUGACAUUAUGGCAAGUCAUUUUUUUUCCUUUGAUAAACGUACUCAUGUUUGUAACUGAGGAAUGUGAAAUGAAAGAAAAAUGUAAACAUGGAUUCUCCGGACGUAUCAUCGAUGGAUGUGAUUGAGUUUUUUAAUGCAGAAUUUGGGACGGAACUGCCAGAUAAAAACAAAUUACAAGAAGUUCUCAAUCGUAUUACUAAAUAUGAAGAAGAACUUGAACAUGAGGUCAAUCCACAAAAUGCAGAUCCUGCACAUGUCAAUAGUUUUAUCAAGAAUGCUGAAAAUGCAGUUGACAGAGUUAGAGAUCUGUCCGAAAAAUGUGAACAAUUGAGGAUUUCAGCAGAAUCUGAACUGGUCAACAUGCAACCCAUCAGAGAGCAUUUUUCUUCAAAAGUUAAAGAAUUAAAGGAAGCUGAAGCUCUUUAUGGUUAUUUUCAAUGGAUUUUGAAAGUGGAAAUGGAAAAUGAAGUCAUGGAAGAAUCUUUGAAAAGUAACCAAGCAAAUCAAAUCCUUGAAACAUAUUCAAAAUUUAAAGAUUACUGGGAGCAAGUAAGAACUUCUGGUUGUAAAAAUCUAGUCACAUAUGUGACGAAAACAAUGAUAUAUUGGCAUGAUGUUUUAAGGGAGAAAUUUGGAAGUGAAUUUCAAAAGAUUCUUGGAAAUCUAUAUUGGCCUGUUUCUUCUACAAAUUUAACUGUUUUACCAAGCCAGUCUAGUGAUGCUUUAAUGAAAUUCAAUCAGCUUUUCCUGUCGCUGUGUAAAAUAGCACUUCCAGAUACUUAUAUCAAAACUCAGGAUAUAAAAGAAGAUGCUGAAGUUUCUACUCUUCUUCUUCCUCUCCAACUUAUGUUACAGCCUUUACAAAAGCGAUUUGUAUUUCAUUUCAUGGGGAAGAAACCAACUAACAGACUUGAUAAGCCAGAGUGGUACAUGACUCAAAUACUCACCUGGAUUGCAGAUCAUACUCCAUUUUUAGAGAAGACAGUAGAGCCCUUAUUAGAAAAGGAAAAACUUUCACGCUUCAGUGCUCGGGUACAAAUGAUGAGAGGAUUGGUUCAUUUGGCUAUAACUCGUUUUAAAGCAGAUCUUCCAAAAUUACUUGAUGAUGAUAAAUUACUUAGCCAUACAAUUGAUGAAAUUUUGCUUUUUUCCCAAGAACUUCUAAAUCAAGGCUAUCCACCAUCUUAUCCAAAUUUGAUGCAAAUAUUAUCUUCUGAACCUUGUUUCACUAGAUGGCGAUUAUUAGAGCAUCAAAGUGCAUUGGAAAAAAUGGAUAAGUUUUUAAGUCUUGAAACUGCAUGGAAAUCUCGAUAUCAAGAAGAAAGUGAUAUUGAUGAUAUGCAUGUACCUGAAAGUGCUGAACUUUUUAUUACACUUCUUCUCACUAUGACUGAAAGAUACUGCAAUGCAACUGAUAAAGAUUGCCAAGUUUCUUUUCUGGAAUUGCAGCUAGAACUUCUUGAUGAUUUUCGCCUUCGAUUACAUCAGUUAUCUCAGUGCCAAAUGCAAGAAACUAUCCCAUUUAACUAUUGUGGAAUAAUGAAUGCUAUUCAUUACAUAACAAGUGUUCUUGAAGAAUGGAAUAAUUUGCCUUUCUUCCUGCAUUUGUAUUCAUAUAAAAAAAGAAAAAGUUUGUGUGAUUCUCUUCUAAAAGAUAAUGAAAAACAUUUAGCUGCUAUUAAGAAAAAGGAAACAAAAUCAUCAAUGAAUGCUGAAGAUUUAGAGUCAUCAGUUUUUGAUGAAAUCAUUGCUUACUUUCAACAUAUGCAAAAUGAUCUGCUUCAAACGAUGUGUGACAGAGUAAUGCUGGAUAUUAAAGCAAAAAGCAGACCUUUUAGGAAAGAAAAGUGGUUUUGCAUGCCAGUUAUUGAAGAUAAAAAACUAAUGGAGCUUUCUCUUUCUGCAUAUCCUAUGCUGGAAGUCAUUAAUAACAGUUUACAUAGUCUACAAGAACUUUUAGCCAAACCUCUUUUUACUAAAAUGUGGCAGCAGAUUGCAAUGGAAUUGAAUAUUUAUAUUUUUGAAGAAGUGAUUCUUCAAAACAGUUUUAGCGAAGGAGGUGCUGCUCAGUUGCAUUUUGAUAUGACUCGUAAUUUAUUUCCAAUAUUUGGAAUGUAUACUACAAAGCCUGAAAAUUAUUUUAAAUUGAUAAAGGAUUCGUGCAUUUUAUUGAAUUUAAGUAGUGCACCAGCCAUGUUGUUGAAAGAAACUUUAAAACACCAGGAAGGCUUUAAUUCGAAAAACAGUGCUCUUGGGGAAUUGGGUGUGCACAGUUUGUCACCAUCUCAAGCAUUAAUAAUACUCUCGCAAAGGAACCAUACAAAAUUAUGAUACUUUGGAGAUCUACUAAAUUAAUAUAAUUGUAUUGCAUUUUGUAUAUAACAAGGUAUAAAAUAUUUGUUAUUUUUCUAAUUAAAGUUUUAAUUUAAAAUUUUAA